UAAAAAGAAAAAACAAUAAACUCUGGGUUUCCGCAAUAAAUACGUCUCUCCGAUUCUCCGUACAUAAAUUAGCAGCCAACCAACCAAGCAAACGAUCCAAGGAAAGAAGAAAGAAGAAAGAAGAAAGAAGAAAGAAGAAGGAUCAUUGCUGAAUUCUUUGUUAACAUCCUACAACUCUCGGAAAUGGAUACUCUUUGUUUAAAAACAGGAAUCCACGGUAUUGCUCCAUCGAUCUCCGUCACUGGGUCCUUGGAGGUCCGUUCCAAUGCAUCGCAGGUGAGUGCACUGGCCCGUGAUAAAUCCGCUACCGUCGCUGCUGCGCCGCCUCAGAAAGCCUCGUCCAUGUUCUCUUUCAGAGACCCUUUGCAGUCUUUGUGGCCUGGUGGAGGUCAAAGUAAUAGGUAUAAAGGAAUGGCCGUUGACGACGCCGUGUUGGUUGAUCAUGGAGAGGGAAGAAGUCGUACUGGGGAAGAUUCCGGGAACAGAAUAAUGGGAACCUCCGAAGGACAAAAUGAGAACUGGGUGAUGAAGAUUUUGCACGUCAGGUCCCUCUGGAAGGAGGAGGAAAUGAAGAGCAGUAGCGGUGAAGGAUCAAUUGAAGAAGGUGAUGUCGCUGCGUUGAAUGAUGCUCUUAACAAAGAGGAAGAGUGUGAUAUUUGUAGAGUCGAGGAUGAUGAAGACAAAGAAAUUGAAUUUGAUAAAGAUUCGUUUUCGAGGUUGCUAAGGAAGGUUUCAUUCGCCGAAGCCAAGCUUUACUUGCAAAUGUCGUAUCUGGGAAGCUUGGCCUAUUCCAUACCCAAAAUCAAGGCAGGCAAUCUCUUAAAAUAUCGGGGCCUCCAUUUUGUGACCUCAUCAAUAGAGAAGAGGGAAUUGGCAAUGAAAGCAGAGAAAGUUCAGGUAUCAGAUGAAGGUCAAGAGGCAGAGGAAGGGCUGUUGGAGAAGGAGGCAGAGGAAGGGCUGUUGGAGAAGGAGGCAGAGGAAGGGCUUUUAGAGAAGGAGGCAGAGGGUACAGGACAGAAGAAUAAUGGUCAUCCCAUAAGUGCCUCUACUGCUUAUCAGAUAGCUGCCUCUGCUGCUUCUUAUCUUCACUCUCAUACCAAAAGCAUACGUCUAUUCAAAACCUUAAAUGGUAAGACUGAUAAAAACUUUCCUGAAGGAGACUCUGGAGGCAACAAGAAUCUCAAAAUGUUGAACUCUGAGGUGGCUUCUCUCAUGGCAACCACAGACUCGGUAACAGCUGUGGUUGCUGCAAAAGAGGAAGUAAAGCAGGCUGUUGCUGAUGAUUUGAGUUCAACACGCUCUUCACCAUGUGAAUGGUUCAUAUGCGAUAAUGAUCAGGAUACAAGAUUCUUUGUGAUUCAGGGAUCUGAGUCUCUGGAAUCAUGGAAAGCAAAUCUACUUUUUGAGCCUGUUCAGUUUGAGGGACUAGAUGUACUUGUUCAUAGAGGUAUUUAUGAGGCUGCAAAAGGUAUAUAUGAACACAUGUUGCCUGAAGUCCAUGCUCAUAUCAACUCUCGUGGCAGACAGGCAACCCUUCGUUUCACAGGACACUCUCUUGGUGGAAGCUUGGCCCUACUUGUAAAUCUGAUGUUGUUGAUAAGAGGGGAAGUGUCAGCCUCGUCCUUACUUCCAGUGGUCACAUUUGGUGCACCUUCAAUCAUGUGUGGGGGUGACUAUCUACUUCGCCAGCUUGGGCUGCCACGAAGUCAUGUUCAGGCAAUUACAAUGCAUAGAGACAUUGUGCCCCGGGCCUUUUCUUGUAAUUAUCCUAAUCAUGUUAUAGAGCUUCUGAAGGCUGUUAAUCGGAACUUCAGGAGUCAUCCUUGUCUUAAUAACCAGAAGCUACUAUAUGCUCCAAUGGGGGAGCUUCUAAUUCUGCAGCCAGAUGAGAAACUCUCUCCUCACCAUCAUCUCCUUCCCUCAGGCAGUGGUCUUUAUUUCUUAAGCUGCCCACCAUCUGAUGCUAAUGAUGCGGAGAAGCUACUCCGUGCUGCGCAGACGUGGUUUUUAAACUCACCACAUCCACUUGAGAUUCUAAGUGAUCGCUCAGCAUAUGGUUCAGAAGGAGCCAUUCAAAGGGAUCAUGAUAUGAAUUCUUACUUGAAAUCUGUGCGCAGCGUAAUUCGGAAAGAGCUGAACCGCAUAAGAAAAGGCAGGAGAGUGCAUCGCCGCGAGUUCUGGUGGUCCGUCCUAGCACCAGGAGUAGCUAGUGGCAGUGUCCUUGUGAAUAAUUCUUUGGUAUCUAUCAACAUAGGCCAAAACCAUUUCAAUUUCUCAGGUAUCGUACAGACUGGAAGAGAAUCAUUGAAACGGUUUGGCAGGUUUGUUGCAUCACAACACAGGCAUUUGCUUGUGGUUCUAUUGUUUCCUGCAAGACUGCUAUUUGCGGGAGCAUGUAGCGUGAUCAAUUUCCAUUGACCAGCUAUUGCAUUUGUGACGUGGAAUAUUGUAUAGGUUGCAGGCACAUGGCCGAGCAAGAUCAUUAUUCAUUAGGUGAUUCUUUAUUCAUUCAAUAUUUGAAAGGAAAAAGGGAAAAAUAGAU